AUGAUUGCAUUUAGUACAGAAAUAAUAGAAAUAGUUGAGGAGCAGCGAUGUCACGACUACGAGUUCCGACUCACGUGUCGGGAUCUGGACACGCACAUCGCCAUCCUCGAGGCGUGGUACACUGCCACCGAUGACUACCACCGCACCUCGAACGAAACUCACCUAAAAACCAGCCCGAUCAAAACGGAGAACGACUCGGAACUCGAUCAAGUUUACAUUUACUCUAGUCCAAAACACAAUGGCGUGUAUGAGUUGACAAACCAUUCCAAUUUCGAUAAUGUUACCGUUAAUGUGAAUAGUUCUUUUGAGUUCGAUUCUAAGUUUUUAAAUGACAGCUGGUUGAACGAUACGUUGGACAAUGUUGAUAUGACAGUGGAGUUUUUGAACGCGAGUGAGAGGUGCGGUGUUGUGUCGUAUGCGCGGAGUUACGCGAGCUGGCACGACGGUGACAAGCGUCGCCGGCCUGUGUCUAGAUCUUCGUCAAUUAAUUUGCGAGCGCCGCUGAGUUACCGAUGCACAGGAGUUAAUCAUUGCAGCUUCGUGCUUGAGGAGGACUAUCCUCCUGCCAGGAGCUGGUCUCCUGGUGUCGUAUUUUUGAAGUACGCAUGUUUUGAUGAUUUAUUAUCAAUCCACUAUUGUAACCGGGAGGUGUAUAUAGCAGAAAGCGGUCCGGAUAGCGAGGGGUAUAUCCGGACGCCCGGUUAUCCGCACUUCUAUGUUGGAGACGAGUGCCGGUGGAAACUCCGUGUGAAUCCGGAACAACGGAUACGGAUAACAUUGUUGGAUGUUAGUUUGAGAAGUAUAGGACCAUUCGAAAAUGAAUGUACAGACUACGUCUCAGUCGAAGACUCGAAUGGUGAUAUUAUAUUGUCCACUUGCGAGCAAGUCGACUUACCUUCCCGCUUGACUUCCGCCACUGAUACAGUGGACAUUCUUGUUGAAGCUAGAUCUAAAGGCGCCUUCCCGAAGAGGGGCGUGUUGUUUCAUUAUAAAAGUAUAGGUUGUGUUACGUUACCAGCGCCAUCUAACGGCUAUUUAGUGUACCGAAAGGAGGAUGUCGCACAUUACAUGUGCAAUGUCAACUAUGUUUUCGAAGACACGCUGCAGAGGGCGCGAGUUGUGUGGUGCUAUGAUGAUAAUAGAUGGAACGAAACAUUACCCUCGUGCGUUGAAGAGGCGGCUUCAAAGGUCGCCGGGAACGAUUCUGCACCGGAAAGUCCAGAUAAAGAUACAAAACUGCCGCACAACGAGGCCAACAUGAUAGUUGACAUAGUCAUCCCGUCGCUGCUAAUAGCGGCGCUGUUCAUAGGCAACGCGUUCAUUGUGCUCAUUAUAUAUAAAUACAGAAAACGGAAAACAGAAGACCUGGAGGAUGAGUUCAAUACAAUUCCAUUGAGCGUGAACGGAGUUCACAGCGCGGGCAACGCGGUCUAAUAACUCGACUGGUGGGGAGUUACACACUAGCAAGAUCACUUUAUUUAAUAUUUAAAAUUAUUUUUAUUUUUUAAUAAAAUUUUUAUUUGAUUCGUCAAAACGCACAUACCUUGAGAGUGGUUUCAUUUUGUUUAUAAUUGAAAAAUACAUUAUUACAAAAUUCGAGAAUUGGUGAUUUUCGUUGAAUUUGAACAGAACGUCUGUCAGAUCGGCUAAUACCUGUCGAAAUAUUUACAAGUAACGAAAUGGAAAUAAUCAUGAUAUUGUUUACCUUCAUAAAUCUUCAUUUCAAAUAUGUCUUACUGGGAAAACGAAACCGUAAAAAUGUUUUACUCGUGCCCGAAUGAACGUCUAAAAUUUGUUUGCCUGUGUUUUAAAAAAAAAGUGUACAUUUGGAUGUCAGUGAGUUGUAAAUAAUGGGCGACGUCAAAACAAUUUGUUUCACACAAAAGAGGUGGGUGAUUCGACGCUCUGUUGUUUUUGCGUGUAAAAGUUAUUGCGGCGAGUUUUAUAAAAGUUUUGUUUUUGAAUUUUAUGUUUUCAAAAUGUUUUUAUAACAGCUGAGACCAAAGAGAUUACAGUGUAAAAAAGUUGCUAGUGUGUAAAUAUCCUUAGUAUUUCGUAAUUUCUGUGAGUGUACAGAAGAUGCAUAAAUUUAUAUAAUGAAUUCUGUACAUUGUCAGCUAGUUUUAAGUUAUCUUAUUUAUUUCCAAAUUAGCUACCUGCUCUGAAGGCUCUAGAAGUUUAGUCGGAGUAAAUUUGUAACUAAAAAUAAAAUGAAAACGUUCAAAAGCUGAAAUGGCCGCUUGAAGCUCUGUAAAAUCAACUUACGGUUACUUUAAAACUCUGUUUCCCUAAAAGUGUGAUUGCAAGACAGUAAAACACACAGAGGCUACAGGGAUAAGUUUCAAACACACGUAGUACACUCGAACAAACGUUACAACUUCACAUGUUUUUCGAUUUCUGACACGAAAUAGACGUUGUUUUGAAGUUUGACUGACGGUAGCGUCAUAAUUUCGUGAUGUAGGAUCGUUUGAAUAGAGGGAUAUGUAUACUUUAUUUGGUGGUUUUAAACAGGAAAAUAUCAUUGAUAUUUUAUGAACUAGAAAAAAAUACAUUGUUUCGUGUAGCUACUGUGUAUAAGUUAUAAGUUUAUUUACGAAACAAAGAUAAUGUCAAUAUUUUAGCAGUAAAUUUUUAAUGAGCUGCAAAGCUUGUUUGUCACAACGUCAUAGAAAGAACCACGUUGCCCUUAUUGAUAUUUUAACAUCAAAAUACCUAUUUAUUGUGUUUGAAGCUCCUUAAAUAUCGUGAUUUUCAUAGCCUUGAAGUAGAUUUCUAGGUACUCAAUAAGAGCUGAUGGUAUUGAAUACAGUUUUUUUUCGCGCACUUCACUGCCUUUUAUAACUGUUAUGUCAAUUAUCGGUUAUGCUUAUAGGUGUAUAUUGUUAAUUUUAUUUUCUCGAAAUUUCCAAUGUUUUUGUAAUUGGCAAAAUCUGUAUAGAAUCUGUAAUGAAUAAAAGCACUCUCUUUA